AUGUGUGAACAACCACUUGUGGAUUAUUGUCGUCACAGGAACGAAGAAGAUCCAAGUAGUAGCGCCGCGCCAUAUCUCUCUCCUAUGAAUUUGCUUGUGAUUACAUUAUGGCACUUGAAGUAUUAUCACUCUGAACGUUAUAUUGCGACAGAGUUCGAUCUUAGUCGAUCUACUGUGAAUUAUUUCCUAUGGGUGGUUGUUGAUAUUUUACAUUCUUGCGUAUAUCCAGAGUUUAUUUCAUUACCUACCGAUAUGGCUAAUUUAACGACAGUUCAUGGACCUGAAGAAUAUCACAAGUUAAUAGUUGAUUCAACUCUCAUCGCGAUCCCCCAACCUGGUGAUUCAGAUGAACGUAGAUCAUAUUAUCAUGCAAAGAGUUCAACAAACUAUGCGUUAAAAAUACAAAUAGCUUGCGAUUUUCGUCAUCGAAUAGUGCACGUGUCUAAAUGUUAUAAAGGAAGUGUACAUGAUAUUACAAUACUAAGAGAGUCGGGGUUAUUAGAACAUGUAAACGACUCUGUGCAAAUUAUUGCCGAUAAAGGAUACGUCGGUGAAGAUUAUGUGAUCACUCCAAGAAAGAAGCCUCGUGGACGCAACUUAACAGCUGAAGACAAAGAUUUUAAUCGAGAUAUUAAUAGUGCAAGAGCGACUAUUGAAAAUAUCAAUCAGCGUCUGGAAACCUAUGGUAUUCUUGGCGGCAUUUACGGAGGAGCUAUUGAUGAUUUUCGUAAAAUAACUAAGAUUGCGCAAGUUGUCUCAGUCUAUGUAACAUGA